AUGCAACAUAUUCAUCCGCAUUUCAGAGGGGCGCUGUGGGAGUCCAGCCAUCCGUGUGUGCCCAUCAUUAGAAGCAGACCACAUAUAACGACACUGCCCUUUUAUAACUUUCUGCUAUGGGUCCUCGUCGGAGUGUUGACGUUCCCUUGCUGUGUCCGCUGUUUAAUAUUCAAAGUGGGGGUCCUGGGCCCUUGGAGCUGCGACCCCGUGUACUACAGGGCGCUGCCCUCUGCGGCCGCCAGGCUCGCCGUAAACAGGAUCAACGGAGACCUCAGUCUGGAUCUGGGCCUGACGAUGGACUUCAUCAUCCUGCAGGAGCCUUGCGAAACCUCCAAAGCGCUCACGGCGUUCAUUUACUACGAGAAGAUGGCGGAUGCGUUCGUGGGACCCAACAACCCGGGAUACUGUGUCGCGGCCUCUCUGCUGGCCAAGAACUGGGAGAAGGCCAUCUUCUCCUACGGCUGCGUCAACUACGAGCUGGACCGGGUCAUAGGGUACCCGACGUUCGCCCGGACCGUGCCGUUCCCCACCGAGGUGUUGUUCGCCGUGUUGAGACACUUCAGGUGGGCCAGCGUCGUGGUGGUCUCGUCCAAUGAGGACAUCUGGAGGGACACUGCUGGGAGAGUGGCUCUCGCUCUCAGGGACAGGGGGCUUCCCGUCGGCCUGGUGACAUCUAUCGGUUUGAAUGAGACGGAAGUGGAGAGCACACUGCAGAAGAUCCAGGCUGCGGGAGAGGUCCGGGUCAUCAUCAUGUGCAUGCACUCCAUCCUGUUUGGAGGGGAGCAGCAGGCCACUUUUCUUCUCAAAGCGCAGGAAAUGGGCCUGACAUCUGGGCAGUACGUGUUUGUUCCCUACGACACCCUCUACUACAGCGUGCCCUACACCAACGUCUCCUACUUCCCCCUGCAAAACGACAGCAGGCUGCGGGAGGCCUAUGACGCUGUGCUCACCAUCACCAUGGCCUCGGAGCCUUUGUCCUUCAACGAGGCGUUCGCGUCGGCCCAGAGAAGUGAGGAGAUAACGCUAUCCGUGGAGCCAGAGGAGGUUAACCCACUCUUUGGAACCAUCUAUAACAGCAUCUACCUGCUGGCCAAGUCCAUCCACAACACCAGGAGAGGAGGCAUGCGGCUGUCCGGCUCUAACCUGGCGUACUUCACAAAGAACACAACGUUCACCGGCUUCAACCAGAAGGUUAAGGUGGACACCAGUGGGGACGUUAAGACCAGCUACGUCAUCCUGGACUCUGACAACAGCGGGAGCAAACUGUACCAGACCUACCUGCUGGACCUAACGUCCAGAAAGCUUCGUUUUGCCGGGAGGUCCAUUAAUUUUCCCGGAGGAUAUCCUCCGCCGUCCGACUCCAGCUGCUGGUUUGACAAGAAUGCCCUGUGCACGGGAGGUGUGGAGGUCACCUACAUCAUAGUGGUGUUCGCCGUCAUCUUCACUCUGGCGAUAAUAGGGCUCGUUAUAAGUCUUUACAUCAGGAGGAGAUUCCAACAAAUCCAGCUGGUCAAAGGUCCGAAUCGGAUCCUCCUGACCUUAGAGGACCUCACUUUUAUCAAUCCUCAGCUUAGCAAAAAGAAAAUCACUUUAGAGGAUCUGAACGAGUCGAAGAGCACUCUAGGGGAGAAAUCUGUAGAGCACUCUGUGAACAGCAUUCAGACUGCAACUCAAGAGACCACCAAUGUGGCUGUCUACGAGGGCGACUGGGUGUGGUUGAAGAAAUUUGAAGAGGGGCAGUUCAAAGAAGUGAAGCAAAGCUCCACCAGGAUUUUCACAAAGAUGAGAGACCUGAGAAACGAGAACGUGAAUCCGUUCCUCGGCUUCUUCAUGGACUGCUCCAUGUUCGCGGUGGUGACGGAGCACUGCUCACGGGGCAGUCUGCAGGACCUGCUGAGGAACGAGGACGUGAAAUUAGACUGGAUGUUCAAGUCCUCGCUUUUGCUCGACCUCAUCAAGGGUAUAAAAUACCUUCACCACAGAGACUUCCCCCACGGCAGACUAAAAUCUCGUAACUGUGUGGUAGACGGGCGUUUUGUCCUCAAGAUUACAGACUAUGGCUUCAAUGAGCUGCUGGAGUCUCAGAAAGCGGCUAUAGAAGAACCUCCACCUGAAGAAUUAUUUUGGACAGCUCCAGAGUUCUUAAGGGACCUUGCGAACUCGCGCAAAGGCACCUACAAGGGAGACGUGUACAGCUUUUCUAUCAUCCUCCAAGAGGUGGUGGUCAGAGGGUCGCCAUAUUGCAUGCUGGGUCUACUGCCCGCGGAAAUCAUCCGGAAGGUGAAGAAGCCUCCUCCGAUGUGCCGCCCCACUGUGGCUCCAGACCAGGCUCCUCUGGAGUGUAUCCAGCUGAUGAAGCAGUGCUGGAGCGAAAUGCCUGAACGCAGACCGACAUUCGAUGAGAUCUUUGACAGGUUCAAGAUCAUCAACAAGGGUAAGAAGACGAACAUCAUUGACUCCAUGCUGAGGAUGCUGGAGCAGUACAGCUCCAACCUGGAGGACCUCAUCAGAGAGAGAACAGAGGAGCUGGAGGUGGAAAAACAGAGGACAGAAAAACUGCUGUCAGAGAUGCUACCACCUUCUGUGGCGGAGGCCCUGAAGACCGGUGCCACCGUGGAGCCAGAGUACUUUGACCAGGUGACGAUCUACUUCAGCGACAUUGUAGGUUUCACCACCAUCUCCUCGCUCAGCGAUCCCAUCGAGGUGGUCGACCUCCUCAACGACCUCUACUCUCUGUUUGACGCCGUGCUCAGUAACCACGAUGUCUACAAGGUGGAGACCAUCGGUGAUGCGUACAUGGUGGCAUCGGGUCUGCCAAAGAAAAACGGCAACAAGCAUGCUGCCGAGAUUGCCAACAUGUCUCUGAACAUCCUCAGCUCAGUGGGAACCUUCCACAUGCGGCACAUGCCAGACGUUCCCGUCAGGAUACGCAUCGGAAUCCAUUCGGGGCCCUGCGUCGCCGGGGUGGUCGGUCUGACGAUGCCUCGGUACUGCCUCUUCGGCGACACCGUCAACACUGCCUCUCGUAUGGAAUCCACUGGGCUGCCUUAUAGAAUCCAUGUAAAUAUGAGCACUGUGAAGAUCCUCCAUUCUCUAAAUGAGGGUUACAAAAUAGAUGUCAGGGGCAAGACGGAGCUGAAGGGUAAAGGUAUUGAAGAGACAUACUGGCUUGUAGGGAAAACAAACUUUGCGAAGCCUUUGCCAAAACCGCCGGAGAUCAAACCAGGGGACAACUGGCAGGAGAUGGUAACAGAGGAGAUCAAGACCCUUUUUCGCAAGGCCAACAGGCAGGUGGACAAAAAGAUCUGA